AUGUUGAACAGAUCAUGUAACGGAGUCCGGUUUAAAGUAGAAGAUGUUUAUCAAAAUAGGGUUACUGGAAUUUACAUCAAUUUGCCUAUGAUUAAUCUUCAACUACCUUUCAUUGGACCGUCAAAUGCUUUUAAACUUGAAAUAACACGACUUCAGUCUCAAUAA